AUGCACUUCCUGGGACGCAGAAGACAAACGUUGGCGCCUAAUACAGCCGACGGCGAUGGAGCAUUUCACAACACGACUACGGACAUCCCCGGUUUGGUAACACCUGUGGUUAUAACGACAACCAUGCAGUUAGCGAACACAGAAGAAACGGAGGUCAUCCCGGACAUAUUUCUACCAAGAGAAGAAGUUGUGCAGACUGCAACUCAUAAACCAACACUGGAAAGGACCACACCUAUGUUAAAACUAAAAGAACUUCACCAACACAAAUUUUCAAGGAAUAAAACAAGAACUGACGUCAAUAAUAAUGGUUCACCUCAAUCAACCACUGAUUCCCAGCAUUCGACCACUAUAACAUCUAUAAUACAUUUGCUUGAAGAUGGCAGUUUUCCAACGGUCAGACGCCAAUUAACGCCAACAACCCCGAGUUUAGGGUCGGACGGUACAGAACCUACCAGCGAACCUUCGAUGCUUUUUCAAGAAAUAACGGGUGCAAAUCCGCGAACAGUAGACAUAAAUAUCACAUUUCUACCACUUGGAGCUACGCCGGAACUUAAUCCCAAAACACAUUCGCUUGAAGAUGGCAACAACCAAUCGGUAAGGCCGAAUUUAAUGCCAAUAACCACGGGUUUAACCUUAGGAUCGGAAAGAACUGAACCAACCACCGAUCCUACGCUACUAGUUCGAGACAUAACGGAUUCCAACUCGAGAACGAUCGACAGUAAUAACGCAUUUCCACCCUUUGGAGCUACGCCAGAAAUCAAUUCCAAGCUGAAGUCGCUUAAAGAUAACAAUACCCCAACGGAUAGGUCGCUUUUAAUGCCAAUAACCACAAGUUUAAUCAUAGCAUCCGACGGACCCGAACCAACCACCGAUCCUACGCUACUAGUUAGAGACAUAACGGAUGCCAGUCUGCGAACGGUUGGUGGUAAUAACGCAUUUCCACCGUUUGGAGCUACGCCAGAAAUGAAUUCUAAAACGCUUUCGCUUAAAGAAGUCAAUGACCUGACGGUCAGGUCGCGUGUAACGCCAAUAACCACGACUUUAAUCUUCGGGUCGGAAGGACCCGAACCAAGCAACGAUCCUACGCUGUUAUUUCAAGGCAUAACAGAUGCCAGUCCGCGAACGGUAGGCACAAAUAUCACACUUGAACCAUUUAGAGCUACGCCGGAAAUGACUUCCAACAUAAAUUCGCUUGAAGAAGGAAAUACCCCACCGGUCGACCAGCGUUUAACGCCAACAACCACGAGUUUAAUCUUAGAGUCGGAAAGAAUCGAACCUACCAACGAGCCUAUGCUGUUAUUUCAAGGCAUAACAGAUGCCACUCCGCGAACGGUAGACACAAAUAUCACACUUCCACCAUUUAGAGCUACACCGGAAAUGACUUCCAACAUAAAUUCGCUUGAAGAUGGAAAUACCCCACCAGUCGACCCGCGUUUAACGCCAACAACCACGAGUUUAAUCUUAGAGUCGGAAGGAAUCGAACCUACCAACAAGCCUACACUGAUGUUCCAAAACAUAACGGAUGCCAAUCCGCGAACGGUUAAUCAUCCCAAUGAUUCAGAAGUGGUUGACAAUUCUUUUGUUACUGACCCCCUUUCUCAACAAGAUCGUAAUGAAAUUGUUGCACCGUCCAAACUUCGUUUUCCGGGACCAGAGAAACGAGCUGAGAAAAGAACCAAGAACGCAACAAAGAGUGCAACAAGCAAGACAACUGAAAUUAUUUACAGACCGCAAAAUGAGAAUAUUCAAACGCGCAGGGUUGUUUUGGGACCAUUAGGAUCGUUAAUUUUACCAAGAGCUCCUCCAGCCUUGCUUCAUGUUGGAACAUUUCCGGUUUUUAUAACACAACAGACAUACUCUUCGGGCAGUUCCGGUCUGCGUCUUCUUCCCGGAAAUAUGAUUCUCAAACAAAUAUUUCUGCAUGCCCCGGCGCCCUAUCCAAUAAUAGAUGGAAGUGGUCAAAGGUGGAUUUCAUGCACAUUCGGCGGUCAAUGUGCGCCUCACUCAAGAGGUUUCAAUCAACCUACACAUGUUCUGCACGUUGGAUUAGACGAUAAGUAA